CGCAUCUCUCCAAAUACUCAAAGAUACAGGUGAAAUUAGACGGAGAAUCGAGCCAAUAACCAACCAACAGAGUACGCGAUCCGUAACGGAUCCGACAAGUAGAAGCAUGGAAACGGUUCGAACCGAUCGAAUCUUUGCUCGUUUAAAUUUCAGUAAAUUCCAAAACAAGAUUAUACAAUGUAUAUUUUCGACGGUACUCGGUGUAUCGGUGUAUGCUUGGAAUCGAUAUAGGGCGGAAGAAGACGUAAGAAAGGAAAGCGGGCUAGGCAAAAGAAAACUAAAGGGACAACGAAAGGAAAGAGUCGUUGUCGCGAGCUGACUGUUUUUCCUUCACUAAGCUGAAUCUCGGAGCCCGAGUGGCAGUUGCGUUCCUCGGUUUCGUCCCUCUUCGAACACGGGGAAGCGGCCUAUCGUAGCUAUGCUGGUAUACGUAACCAAAGUGUCGAGGUAGUCGCGUGUACGUGAGAGCGUAGAGAGCGCGAACCAAGCUAGAGGAUUGGCGGAGAUGAUGCAGCUUAGGAUUCCAGGCAUAGUCGAGGAGUUUCUGGUUGGUUGGUAAGUGGGACUACCCGGGACUCAUAGGCGGCUUGUCUGCUGCGAGAGCUCGCAGUCCCACUAGGAACUCAAACGCAUCCGAGCGCGCAUCGGUUUUCCGCCAAACUUGCACUCGCGCAGUUUUCUUUCGAUAUCCGAUGAAACGUUCAACGAUGCGAAAAAACGCGGACAGAUAAGUGACGAAACGUAGCGGAGAAGUUGUACGGAACGCAACGGAACCCAACGAUAUCGCAAGUUUGAAAUCGCGAUUGCUCGAGUUACGUUUCGUGCUUCGUUUUCCGUUUGUUUACAAUUUCACUCGAGACGCGAAACACCUCGCGAUAUCGCUCUCUGUGCUUCUCAACCACCAACGAGAUCAAACAUUAAAUCAAGGUCGAAUCGAAAGUCGAUCGAGGGAUCAAGGUCGAAGGCGAGUCCAGGGACGAUUCGUUACCUUUCGCAUCUCGAGAUUCCGCUUUAAAAGGAAUUCUGAAGCAGCCACGCCGAGAAACUUGUUUCUUUUCUUUCAUCUUUCCAUCGAUUCCAGCUCGAAAUGGAAAUGAAGCCUUUACGAGUAGCGGCAUGGUUCGCGAUGCUGGUAUCCGGAACCGUGGCUCUACCAUCGCAAUCGCAAACAAACCACUUUCGGACUAAUCAAGCAAAGACGAAGCAAAUCACACCAGUGUAUUUCAGCGAGAGCGAAUCUAGUAGUUUGCCAGUGGCAUCGAGCACCACUACCGUUGCUGUUGGCAACGAUACACCACCGGACACUAGUAUACAAGACGAUAGUAGCACGAUUGCAAAGCCUGUUUCUUUCGGUAAUCUGAAUGACAACGAUGCCGCGAUAAUGUCGCCGUCAUUGUCAUCGUCAUCGUCAUCGUCAUCGUCAUCGUCAUCGUCAUCGUCAUCGUCAUCGUCAUCGUCACCGUCACCGUCACCGUCACCGUCACCGUUAGCGUCACCGUCACCGUCACCGAUACCCUUACCGUCAACGUCACCCUCGCCACUGUCGCAGAUACCUUUGGUAUCUACAGGUCGCAAUUCUCUUCUCGAAACCAUCGACACGAUACCCACGACGUCACCGGUCGCAAGAACGGAGAUUGGAGCAUCGACGACAACCAGCGACGCUAUCACCGUGAAAAAAACUAGCACAACUACUAGCCCGAACGCACCACCAACUGAAACUUCUUCGAGAACGCGUACUUCUUCCUCUCAAGACGUCGACACUUUUCUCUCAUCCUCGAAGAAAUCUACCGCUAGUUCCGACCAAUUUCCAACCACUCCUGCUUCGAGUUUAGCCAAGGAAACGCGGGAAUCGCCCGGAAAAAUUCGUCCUCAGAUCAAAUUGACGACCAACUAUACCAGUCUUACCGAGACGGGAGUGCGAUUACCAGAAGGCGCGAGCGCAGCUCUCGCCAAGCCAACCAAAUAUCACUACUAUCCGCACAAUCAGCACAUCUAUUUGCUACCGGAGUGCGCCGUUCAGCAGGUUUGCAAUGCCGUUUACGUUAGACUGAAUUUUACUCAGCCUCUGUGCGCCUGUCCAGGAAGAUAUCGCGACCCUUGCAGCGCCUCUCUCGACAGCGACGACCUCCACACUACGGAGCUGGUCACCGACCCACGAACCAAGGCUCUCACUUUGGUCAAGACUUGCGAACCGGUGGCCGAAAUGCGAGAGUGUAGGACACCGAGGGAUUGGUCACUCCUCGCGUUGCAAAACGUCAGGACAGGAAAGUCUCAUUAUCUUGUAAUAUGCCGAUGCCCCGACGCUAAUAUACUCGAAGGUCCUAUGAGUCACGACCAACCGACAUACGCCAGUGUGCCAGGAAUUCGCGUUUACGGGAUGAUGUGCGUACAAGGUAACAGAAGAGGACGACCGUUGCGAUACGCUCGGAGCUUAGCGGAUCAUCCGAACAAGGAAACUGGCCAAGAUUCGUUGGACGUCGAGAAGGAGGAAACAAAGGAUCGAUUAAAUUUUCCCUGGUAUAAGGUGCAACAACUGAUGAAUGCAGCUGUUUGGGAUUAAAUUGUUCAACGCGCGACGAGAUAUCGACCCUUGUUUGAUUCGCCCGCAGCUUGCUUAUCGCCAUUCAUCCGUCUAUUUAUUAAGCAUUUCGCUUCGCUUUCUCUAGCUUUCCUUCGUUUACCGACUCGUUCUAUAUUUUUUCUUCAUAUUUAUUAUAUAACAAUACUCGUAUACGCGUAUAAUUGCAUAUGUACGGUUGCGCGAUGCGUCCGUACCACGAUCGAAUCGGACGAGGUAUCUAUGGAUACAUAGGCUCUGAAUUCGGCACUAUCUAUCCUAAAGAUCGACGUUAAACCAUCGCCUUUUUCACCGCAUUUCACCAGACUCGGAAAAUCCACAGUCCGUACCACCUCAUUUGCGCCUCUUGGCAUUAUUUUUUCCAAACCUUUAAUCAUUUCAUCUCAUUUCAUUUCAUUUCAUUUCAUUUCGUUUCAUUUCGUUUCAUUUCGUUUCGUUUCGUUUCGUUUCGUUUCGUUUCAUAUCAAUUCACUCGUUGAUACGCAAAUGUGUUUGCAUUAUUGGUGUAAACAUUAGGCUGACGAAAUUGACCACGAGACAACGGCAAAAGCCCAUCGGUCGCCAAAGUUUCUGUGGUCGUGAAAUAGUUUCGCUUCAACGAUAACAUAACAUGAUGUAAUAAAAUUAAAGAAUAGUGAAAAUUGA